AUGGCAACUUUUGAUGCUGUGACGCAUAAUGAAUUACUUGUAGCUAUUCAGUGCUAUCUCUCUCAAGGUCCUUGUAAAGAAGCAGCUAAGAAGUUAAAAGAAGAAAUAGAAAAGAAUCAGCUACUACCAGUACGAUAUGACUAUAUGGGUCAUACCCAUCAACGUACUUUCGAAGAUUUUGAGAAUAUGGUGGGACCAUUAAAUGUUUCAUUGGUUUCCAUGAUUGAGCGUCUUAGUUCACUGAUCUCGACUGCAGUCCCAAUUACAUUCCGAAAUCUACCUCUAAGAAUAUUUAUCAAUAAGUCACAAGCUUUAGAUCGCAAACCAGGAGAUUUGAUUACAAAGCCAACGUUAAGAGGUGCGCUAGGACGUUCCAAUAUUAGCAUGCUGAAAAAACUGAAUCCUAUAAGAUCGCGCAUGGCACGUGAGCUGGGUAUGUCCGUGUCUCCACAAUACCUCUUGCACAAGAGUUCGAUGAAUAAUUUUGAACUUCAUUAUCGCAUUCUUGGCCAUUUGUCAUCAGUUUUUUGCAUUGCAUUUGAUAAAACUGGAUCGUAUGUCAUAACGGGUGCGGACGACAAUCUCGUCAAGAUUUGGAAUGUACGAACGGGCUUGUUGCGUUUCACUUUGCGAGGGCAUUCAGCAGAAAUUUCUGAUAUGUCCGUUUCCGAAGAUAACGCGUUGUUAGGUACUGGCUCUGUAGAUAAGACAAUAAGGGUAUGGUGUUUGCAAACAGCUGCACCAUUAGCAUUUUAUCGCAGUCAUUCGGCUAUGGUUACAUUAAUAACCUUUCUCCCUUUUAUUGAUAGUUCGAUCCGGUAUUUGGUAUCAGCUGGCGGUGAUUGCCUCAUAAAUUUUUAUCGCUACAGUGUUUCAGACUUUAGCUUUGAAACAACACCGAUUCGCUUCUGUGAACGUACUUCAUCAGGUGCUCGUAUAGUAAGUUCAUGUCAUAGUCCUGGUGGAAGCUUAAUAGUUUUUGGAGACACCCAUCACAGUCUUAGAAUUUAUAAAGUUGCUGGUGACAGUAUCGUCAAAAUCAAGGACAUUGAAGCGCAUGUGGAUCGUGUCGAUAGUUUAGCAUGGGCACAUGAAGGAUUACGAUUUGCAAGUGGUAGCCGAGAUGGCUAUGCAAAAAUUUGGAAACCUGAUUAUAAUACUUGGACUCCCUUAGUUUUGUAUCCAAAAGUGAGAGAUGAAAAAGUAUCGAAUUCCCGAAAUACAUAUAAAGUAACAAUGUUGUGUUGGUCAUUAAGGGAUGAUUUCGUCGUCACUGCUGGAUCUGACUUCGUAUUACGAGUUUGGUCUUCUGAGUCCGGGGAUGAGUUACGUCAUAUGUUAGGACAUAAAGAGGAUGCUUAUGUAUUGCUUUCGCAUCCUGUAUUCAAGGAAUAUAUUUUAAGUAGUGGUCAUGAUGGCUUUUUAAUGGUUUGGGAUGUGUAUACAGGCACUGUAGUAAAACGACAUCAAAAUCUCAUUGAGGGAUCUGGAUAUGGAGCGAUUUUUGAUUUUGCCAUUUCACCUGACGGUACUUUGGCUGCGGCUGUUGAUUCACAUGGACAUCUCUCUAUUCUUGGUGUCGGAACUAAUCAGAUGGCUAAAACAACACCGAAAGAGCAAUUUUUCCAUACUGAUUAUAUGCCCCUUAUUUUGGACGAAAAUAACUAUUUUGUUGACGAAGAAACGGAAAUCGCACCUCAUUUGAUGGGGCCACCGAGAUUAGUUGAUGCAGAUGGCAUUGAUUAUGAUGACGAUAUACAGACUAUGGUCCCUGGUCGAGAUCUAAUAAUACGUGAUGAUAGCAUAAUUCCUCAAAAUCCACCAUGGUUAUCACGAGAAAUGGUUUCUAAAUUGCCGAAGUCGACGGUUCAUAUUAGAAAUAUGUAUUUGAUUGCAUUAAGACAUGAAGAAGAGAAUGAGUUUCUACGGGAGAUGAAUCGAACUCCAUCACGUGUUAAUUCAAUUAUUGAAAGAGGGAAUAAUGUAAUAAAUACUGUUUCUCAAAAACGGGUUCGUUGGUCAGAAUGUUUUCCGCAGCGACGGCGUAGACUUCGUAAUCAGCAACUUUCAGUUGAUGAUGCCGAAAAUGAAGAUCCAACGGAUACGUCAAUAGCUGAUUCAUCUUUCAGUUCCGCUUGUACAACUGAUGAGAUGUCAAGCGAUGAAACGAGUACCGAUGAUUCAAGUGAUAGUGAUUAUGUCAUCAACACACGUCGAAGCUCUAAUCAACGCCGUAGACGGAAUGAAGUGGGACGUGACAAUCAUGCCAUUUCAAAUAGUGAAUUGCCGAGUAGGAUUUCAACUCGAAGAAGACAACGCCAAACUUUAUUUCGAGAUGAAUCACGAGAAGUGCAUUUCGUUGGCGAUAAUUCUAUGGACAAAUGUGAGCCAGGUCCAUCUUCGCAGGUGGAUUUCGCUGAUACUGAGCCAGGACCAUCAGUAAUCAGACCUGUCUCAUCUAGAAAAGAGGCUUUGCAUUCUUCAUUGGACACCUCGGGUAUAUCUACCCCACAUUCACCUUCAGAACAGAGUGCAUCACCUACUGUGUUGGAUAAUUACGAUGCUGAUACAGAUUUUCCGAAAUGGAUGCGCCUGACACAACCACUUCGUUUUCCAUACAUUGCUCAAAUCGGUGACGAAGUAGUUUAUUUUAGACAAGGACAUGAAUUUUAUUUGCAUGCAGUAGAAACACGAGGUCUUUAUCAUGUUACCCAUAGACUGAAGCCAUUGGCGCAUUUAAAUGCUGAAGAAUUUUGCAUUGUUGAUGAGAUAAGGUACAUAAGAAAGCCGUAUAGAUUAACUGUUGUAAAACUUGCUCAAACCAAUUCAUCGGGUGUUCGAACUGGACUUAUAUUUUCUGUCAAAUUUCAUGAUAUGGAAAGCGUUCCGGACUUCAUUAUUCUUAGACAUCUCUAUGAAGAAUCAGUAGCCCGUCGUUAUCAGCCGGGAACCCGAAUUGAAACUAUCUUGGACAAUCACUGGUGGACUGGUACUAUUGAUAAAAAAGAAGUACAUGAUGAAGAAAAUUAUCCUAGAUCGAAUUGGUACUGUCUUACUGUUAGAUGGGAUACUGGGGAAGAUGAAAAAAUGAGUCCAUGGGAUGUCCAACCCCAGCAACCAAAUCGUAGAUCAGGUAUUGCUACUGAAAUGGAUCAGGUAUUAUUUUCGCAGUACCCAGUUAAUGAAAGAGAUUGGAUUGGGGCAGUAGAAGGAAUCAAUGCUUGCUCUGAACGCCUUAUUUGCGCUGUUAGAAGCAUUGAAGAUGACCCACAUAUAAAACCUUUUUCAACACCAGUUAAUUUGACUGAUUAUCCGGAUUACUUGUGGGAUGUGGAUUAUCCGGUUGAUUUGAGCACUAUUGUUCAACGAGUCAAAAAUCGAUUUUACAGAAGAUUAGCAAGUUUGGAACAGGAUAUUCGAUAUAUUGCUAUUAAUGCACGUCUCUUCAAUCAACCUAAUAGUGAAAUUGUUCGAAAUUCAAGAGUUCUAGUAGAAACUCUUAUUCGUUAUUUACGUAAUAUUCAAUAUACGGAUGUGAUGCAGUUAUUCAUUACCUUGAAAAACGGGCAGGACAGUGAAUUGAAAGAAUGCAGUAAUUUAAAGCAGUCCAUCAAAACUACAGUGGAAAUAGGAAAGCUGUCUUCUGGUUCAGAAAAAGUUAAACAUCGUUCGGUUAAUAAUCUCCUAUCUCCUAAUUCUUCUGUAGAUCUUCCAUCCGACUGGUAUUCGGAAUGUGUUAGCGCUUUGCAAGAAGUAAUAUCUGAGCGUACUUCAACUCAUUUUGUGAACUCUGGAACAGAGUGGCUCACUGAUGUCUUUUUGGCCUAUGAUGACCUGUCAACCGUGAAGGAGAAAGUUAUCUUUCGAGUAUAUAGCAGUCCACUAGAAGUCGUAAAUGCAGUUAAAACUCUGAUGCAGGCGUGUCGUAAUGCUGUUUUUCGCGACAGUUUAGCAUGUGCUGCAUCUUUUGACAGUAAAAUGGCACCCGUUGUAGCAAAGUGGCAGCGUAUGAAGCAGUCAGAAAGUAUACCAACGUCUCUAACUGGUGAUGAAGGUCGUCAUUUGCGUGAUCGACCAAAAAAUGCACAUGUUUACAAUACAAGAAGUCGUCGAGAAAGAAAACAUAGUGAUCAAAAAAUAGAUGCAUCGACGAACUUGACGCCAACAGUGUCAGUUCGUUCAGGACGUUCUGGACGAAUGCCCAAUGGGUAUUAUCGAAAUUUGAAUAAUGGAAUAUAUAUGAGCGGAGGACGAAGUGCAUCGAGCUUCAGUUUUUUAAUGUCAACCGCAAGCAGUACGGAAGCACGAGAUCAACGGAAAUUGCAAUGCUCCCGACGAAGAUCAACCAGAAAAAAGGGAUUAAAAAAAAUUGAAACAUCCAAUGCUGAAGUAUCAAAAACUAAUGGCGAUCUGCAUGAAGAAAGAAGUGAUAUAGAAGAUGACCCACUCAGUGACUGCAGCUGGAAUACACCUGGUGCAAAGAAAUGCAAGAAUCAACAGAAGAGACUCCAUAGUGGUCUAGAAAGUGAAGGGAUGAAUAAUAAGCGCAGACGGCGGUCAUUACCAAAAAAGUAUGAAAACGACUCAACUUCUGUUUCAAAUGCGCCAACCAGACAGGAUUUGCGAGUUGAAAAAGCCUAUGAAACUAGAAGCCGGCAUGGACAUUUAGAUUCGAAUGCUCUUGCUUCUGUAGAAACUGCUAGAAACAAUCAGUUUCGAAUAAAGCUCAGGCGAUCAGUUCAGAGAAACGUCAAUUAUAGAGAAGGUGAGAUUAGUGAUGGUGAUGAAUCGUCAAAUAGUUCUGCAAGACGAACGAUGAAAAAAGCUCGUAAGCCUGAUAAGUAG